AUGUUCCUGUCAGCUCCUGUUAUUCCCGUGAGUCCUCCUCAACCAACCGCUCGUCUCCUCACUGCUCCUGCCCAAGUGUCACUCAAACAGAAACACGUUAAUCUGGUUUAUUAUUUUGUGAAAUUUCACAGUUUUCCGCAACCGCAAACCAUAUGCGAGCCACCAGCACUUGGAGCACAUCCACCUCGGGCACCCGGGAGUACUGAACUUACACAGGCGAAUGACCCUACAGACAUGACGGAAUACGACCUCAUGGACUACGACCACGACAUGUUCCAGGAGCGGGGAGACGUCACCGACCUACACGCGUACUACAUGACGCAGUUCAACCUGGAACUAGAGAACGGGAAAGGAAAACCCAAGAGUGACGGCUUCAAGUUCGGCAUCGAGGAGAGCUUCGACUUUGAAGUUGUAGACAACUGGAACGGAUGGAACUGUAACAACAAGACAGACUUUGACAUUAUACACGAAGUCAUCGACAACAACGUGAGCGAACAAAACAUAAAGGAGGUGCUCCUCGACCUGGACACCAUCGAGUUUGAUGACAACAGCUUCAAGUCAGCUUCAUGCGAGGGAAGUAAGAGAAGUGAAGCCAACUACGAAACGAACGACUACAUCGACGACGAGUGUCUCAUCGACGAGCUCUGCAGGGAGGAAGGGGAGUCGUGUCGCCUGACGCCAGACGUGUUCAGCGACGACUGUACUAACAUCUUGAACAACGACACGCAGCUGCCUUCCAUAGAGACCGCCUUCUCCAAGAGAUGCGGAGCGUUUAACAACGCGGACAGUUAUAACACACAAAACGUUUACGAAACGAACCCAUCCCAGAACACAAACACACCGACGGUCAGCAGCUUGGAACAUUACAGUUAUCCCAAUAACAUACUUUACAACUUGGACAACACAAAGAACUACGUGCUGCCGGACACACCGACCAGCUGCCAGGAUUUUAAUUUUGACAGAAAUUCAAGAAAAGUAUCGAUAUCAGAUUCAAUAGAGAGUGACGUGCACAGCGCUGGUUAUUAUAAUGAGAACUCGGAGAACUUGGAUGAAGACGACCUGUUCAUAAACCUCGAUGACUUCGGACUCGCCUUUGAAACGGAGACUGAAGGAAACAACGGAGACAAGAGCCACCACGCCGAGAAAAGAAAUGACAAGGAGAAGACUCAAGGCGAAAGGGUUUGUUUAUGGGAGCACUGUUUUGAAAGAUAUCCAAAUCAAAACACACUCGUGGAGCACAUAGAGCGCGCACACGUUAACACUUACAAAGGAGACGAGUUCAGUUGUUUGUGGCGGGACUGUGCUCGAAGCCGCCGUCCCUUCAACGCUCGUUACAAGCUGCUCAUACACAUGAGAGUACACUCGGGACACAAGCCUAAUAGAUGUCAUCACCCCGGCUGUGGCAAAGCGUUCUCUCGCCUGGAGAACCUCAAGAUCCACGUGAGGUCUCACACGGGCGAGCGCCCCUACGCCUGUCCAGCUCCUCACUGUAGGAAGGCCUUCUCUAAUUCAUCAGACCGAGCCAAGCAUCAGCGAACUCACUUCAACGCCAGACCGUACGCGUGCGGCGCCGCGGGUUGUAACAAGCGCUACACGGACCCCUCGUCUCUGAGGAAGCACGUCAAGUCUCACCCGCACCCUCCGCCCCGCGCCCGCCUGCCCCCCGCCAGACCUCCCCCUCACGAGGAGCAGCUGGUGCCGAGCUCACCCGCCAAGCUGGACACACUCAGGUGUAUCAGAGACAAACUCACCGUGCCCCGACUACGGAACAUGUAG